AUGAACUCAACUAACGAAUCCUAUCCAAUGAAUAUUAAUGAUUAUGAAGAAAAAAACCUGAACAGUUCAGGUGAAAAAAAAAUAAAUAUUAAAAUCGGUGAUCUGGCUAGCCAUAAUUCAGGUAAUUUUGAUGAAGAAAAAAAAAACAGUGUAUGUAAGAAUUUAAUUGUUAACAUGCCUAAUAUAUCGAAAGGGGUACAAGAAGAAGAAUGUAAAAUAGAAGAAUUAGAUAAAGUUGUUAGAAAUGAGAUGGAUAUGAUAAAUUCAUUAAAAGAUGAAAAAGUAAUAGGAAUGGAUAAAAUGUAUGAUAUGGAAAAGGAAAAGGAUAUGUGUUUAAUUAAUGAGAAAAAUAGUUAUUCAUUUGGUAAGGAUAAAAAGAAGAAUAAUAUUGAUGGUAUACAUAAUAUUCACCAUAUCAGUGCUAACGAUCAUAUAAUAAACCCAAAUGAAUAUAAACCGAAUGUACAAAAUUUGGUAAGUAAUUCGACACAUAUAGAUAGUACCGAAAUUUGUUCCUCUAAAUUUGUUAAAGAGGAAGAACAUAAUAAUGAUAAUAAUGAAUAUGAUAAAAAUGUUCAUAUAUUAAAAUAUCCUGAACAUAAUAAAACUAAAGAUAUGGAUAAUAAUUUGUCCAAUCAAUAUUUGUAUUCAUGUAAUAUAAGUAAUAAUAAUAGUCAGUUACAUUUAUCAAGAUUAUUUGAUAAAGAAACCGAUGAACUGAAUUCUAUUAAAGUCAACAAUCAGGAUAAAUAUGACAACAUGUCUGAGAUAAAAUUAGAAAAGACUCUAAUGAUUAGAGAUAAUUCAAAUAACAAUAAUAAUAAUAAUAAUAUUAACAUUUUUGAAUUAUCAAAUAAUAUAUGUGAAAAUUACAAGAAAUAUGAAAAUGUAUUUAUUCAUAAGAAUAUAGGCCCAGACAAAGGUGAGAAAAAAAAGGUAAUAAUAAAUUAUGAACAUGUUAAUCAUAUAAUACCUUCAAAUUCAAUCGAAUAUAAUAAUAAAGAUAACUGUUCUGAACAAAAUGACAUAUUACAUAAUAAUGGUAAUGAUAUAAAAUAUCCCAAACAUUUUGCUGAAUAUAAUAAGAAGGAAAAUGUAAUGGAAAUUGAAAGAAACGAAGAAAGGUCGAAUAAAUAUAAAGAUAACUUAAUUUUAUUUAAUGAACUCUUAAAAUAUAAAGACGAAUUUAAUUAUUUGAAUGAACAAAAAGUAAACGAACAUGAAGAUGAAGAAGAAGAAGAAGAAAACAACAAAAUAAAUAAUUGUUUUUUACAUAACAAAAUGGAAUGUAAUAUUGAAAAUAUAAAGGAAGAUAAAAACGAUUUAGAUAAUAAGAAUUAUGAAGAUUUCAAUACAACAAAUACAAAUAAAAUAAUAACUUCCGAUUUAUGGAAUAAUGAUAAGGAUAUAAAUACAUCUCUUUCUUCCUAUCAAAAAAGUAAUAUGAGUUUUAGUUUGUUAAAUCAAAGUAAUAUACAAGAUAUAUUAAAUAAAAAAAAUGAAUAUUCUGAUAUCAAAAUGUUGAAAAACGAUAAAUAUGAUGAUAAUAUAAUAUAUAAUAUAAAUAUGGAUCAUUUAAAUAAAGAUACAUAUAUACAUAAACUAAACAAAAGUGAAGAAGAACAAAAUUUCAAUGUUCAGGAUGUAAAUCAACAAAGUGAUUUAUAUUUUCCUAUAGGAAAUAAUGAAACUAAAAAUGUAGAGAUGAAGAUACAUAUAGAUUUUAAAAAUAUAUACUUUGUGAAAUAUAAAUAUAUAAAAUGUUUAGUGAUGAAUAAUUCAGGUAUUAUUGUUCAUUCAUUUGUUUUUCAUAAAAACCCAAUAGAUUUGGAUAAAGAAAAUAAUAUUUUAAAAAUAUUAAAUCAAGAUAAAGAAAGUACAAAAACUAGAAAAUCAAAUAAUGAUAUAAAUAGUUUAGUUCAAGAAUUGAAGAGCAUAAUUUUUACGGACGUAUCUUUUGAACUUUCCUUUAAUGCUAAAAAUGUUAGAGGAAGUGAAAUCAUCUCUCCAUCCAAGUUUUAUAGACUCAGUUUUUAUGGAAUGGAAGAGAAAAAUAAAAAUGAAGUAGAAACGAACCAUGAUGUUUUAUCAAAAAAUGAAAAAAAUAUAAAGUAUGAAAAAGAUAAGAAAUUAAAAAAAUAUAUUUAUAAUAAGGAGGAAAAUAGCAAGUUAAAUCAUAAAAAUAAGUAUAAUUAUACAAAAAAGAACAACUUGUCCAAUAAUACUCAUAUUAAGGAGAAAGAUAAAAUUGAUAAUAAGGGGAAAUUAUAUUAUAUAGGUUUUACUAUUAUUCAUUUAAAUUAUUUAUAUGAAUUACAAAAAGAGGGAUAUGUACAUUUAAAUAUAUCUGACAAAAAGAAUGAAGAUUUUAAUUUUAUGGAACAUUAUAAGAAAGAAGAUUAUGCAUAUUAUAUGGAUAAUAAAAUAGUCGAACAUACAUUUUCUAAUAAUAUAAGUUAUAUGGAAAAAAUUAAUAUGUUAUUUAAAAUAUUAUAUAAUCAUAGUUUGAAUAUAUCUACAUGCAAAAUAUUUUUCAAAUAUCGUUUUUCAAAAUCUGAACAGGAAGACCAUUUAUUUAACAAUAUAGAUGAUAUUAAAAAAAAAAAAACAAGUAAUAGUAAAAAUGUAGAAUUACAAUACAUUAUAGAUAUUCUUCAGAAAAAUAAUUUUUCAAACGUAAAUCUUAAAAAUUGUAUAGAACAAUGCUUAAAGAAUUAUUAUAAAAGCUGUACAAAAUCAAUAUAUGAUGAUAUUAGUUUUACAUUAUUUGAUAAGGGAUAUAUACACAACCAUACAAUUAUAAAGAAUAAUAAAGAAAAACAAAAUGAAUGUUUCAAUUUACCAUCUUUCUUUUCUAAUAUAUCGAGUGAUAUUAAGGUCAAUAAUUCAUUUUUGAAAAAUAUAAAUUUUAUUAAAGCAUUUGAUAAUUUACAAAAGAAUAAUCCAAAAAUUGAUAAUCACGAAGAACAAGAUAGUUGUUAUUAUGAAAAUAUGAAAAAUGUAGAUCAUACAAAAAAUGUAGAUCAUACAAAAAAUGUAGAUCAUACAAAAAAUAUAGAUCAUACAAAAAAUGUAGAUCAUACAAAAAAUAUACAAAAAAUGAACCACAAGGAGGACACAAACACGAUGCAUAAACAAAAUCAUGUUCAAAAGGAAGAUGAGAAGGGAACUAAUACGAAUAAAGAACAAUUAUUAUCUGAUCACAUAUUUUGUGAUAAUACGUUCCAUAAAUUACAAGAAAAUGAUCUAAGGAAACUACCAAGGAAUGUACAAGAUUAUAUUUUAAAAUUAUACAAUAUAAAUAUGGAGAACAACAUAAAAAUUGAAAAACUAGAACACAUUCUACUUAAAUACACAACGGGAAUUAAUAAUUAUUUCGACUAUAUAGAAUAUACAAAAAAUAAUAAAAUGUAUAAAAUAUAUGAAGAAAAUAAAAAAAUGAAGAAAUAUAUAAAAGAUUCGAAUAAUUUUUUUAUACAAACUUUAAUAGAUAGUCAUACUGAAAUUCAAAAGCUUAAGCAUAGUCUAAAAACCAUAAAUAUUUUAUAUAAUAAAGAAAGGAUGAAUAAUCAUCAAGAAAAUAAAAAAGAAGAAGAUAAAGAUAAAGAAAAAGAAAAAGAAAAAAAAAUGAAUGAGAAAGAACAUGUACAUAACUAUUUAAAUAAUAAAAAUGAAUAUAUAUCUAAUAUAAAAAAAAAAAAGGAAAACAAAAUUAAAGAAGACAUUUAUAAUUUUAAUGAUAAAAUCGGAUCAUCAUUAUAUUUAUCUUCACGAUCAGUAUCUUUGUCAUCACCAGAAUCAUCUUUAUCAUCUCCAUUAUCAACACUUCAUAAUAAAAAGGAACUUUUUGAUGAUGAAUAUUUGAUACGUAACAAAAAUAUCAAGAGUAAGAAGAAAAAAAACAGGAGGGACAGAUCAGAAAAUUGUAAUAAUAUAAUAAAAAAUAUUGAUGGAUAUACAUCCGAGUACCAUCCCAACUACAUGAACAAACAAAAUAAAAUAAGAAGGUAUAAGAAGAAUGACGAUCUGAAAAAUAUAAAUAAAACAAUAAAUAAAAAUGUAAAUAAAAAUGUAAAUAAAAAUAUAAAUGAUACAUUAACAACAAUGGGUCAAAUUAAUAAAUCUAUAAAUGAAAAUAUAAUGUUAAAUAAAAGAAAUGAUACAAUUUUUGGAAAAUCGUUAUUAUCUUUAAAUAUAUACAAUCCAUAUAAUAAUAAUAAUAAUAAUUAUAACAACAAUAACAAUAAUAAUAAUAAUAAGUAUUAUUAUAAUCACAAUAAUGGUGGUGAUUUUAAAGAAUAUCCUUCUUCCUCUUUUUUAUCAAACAUUAGUUAUUUAAGAAACAGAAAAGAAAAAAAAAAUUUUGAGGAGACUAACCAAAAGGGAGAAAAGGACAAAAGUGAGCUAUAUACAAAAGAUAUGAAGGAAAAAAAAAUAAUAAUAAAUAAUAAUUUUAGAAGUUAUAAAAAUGGUGUUAUCCAUAAAUAUUCUUUUAAUCAUAAUGGAAAUGAAAAAAAUGUUAAGAAAGACGAUUUAUAUUCAUUUUAUUCCAAUCCUAUAAUAGUUAGCCAAAAUACAUUAGAAAAAAAAAGAAAAAAAAAAAUUCUGAACACAAGUCAGAAAAAUAGCCAAAAAAAUGAAAAAGAACAUGACCAUACAUAUGACAUUGAAAAAAAAAAUUGUGAUAUAAUUCAUUGUGAUAAAAAAGAUAAUAAUGGAUUGAAUAUAGCAUCUAAUCAAUUAAAAAGCAUGUUUAAUAUUAAAAAGAAAGAUACGGACGAGGAGGAAAAAAGAAGAAGAGAACGAAAUUUUAAAUUAUUCUGUUCAACGAUUAAGAGAGAACCGAUUAGAAUAGAAGAAGAGAAAAGAAAUAAAAUAGAUGAGAAAAUGAAUGAUGAAGAAAAUGUAAAGAAAAGGUUGAAUAAAAAAGGAGAUGAUGGGAAAUUGAUAAGUAGUUGUAUAAAAGAGAAAGUGAAUCAAUUUGAAUAUGAUAAUAUUCAUAAAAAUGAAAAUAUGUAUUAUAAAAAUGGUGAUAGUAAAAUGAAUAACAGUAAGAACAAUUAUAAUAUAUUAAAAAAUCAAAAAGUUGACAAGAAAAUAUAUACUUUGGAUGAGCGUUAUACUCCUUUUCGUAAUAUUCAUAGAAUAAAAUUCCCUAAUAAAACAACAGAAGAUAAAAAGAAUGGAGGAGAUCCACAGAAUGAUAUUAAUAAAUAUGAUCGUAGAUUAUCAAAUGGAAGUAUAAUAAGUGUGAUUAAAAAGAAAGAAAAAGACAAAAAUAAUUAUGAUACAAGUGAAGUGUUAAAAAAAGAAUAUGUUGAAAGUUUUAAGAGUAUAUCUUUAAUAAAUAAAGAUAAAAAAGAUAAGGGUAUAUAUUUAAACAAUUUAUUGUGUGAUAGAAAAAAUCCAAUAGGUGAGGACUCUUCGUCUUUUAAUAAUUUAAAUAUUAAUAAGAAGAAAACAAUAUUGUCAUCAUAUCAAGAAAAAAGAAAGACAUCAAAUGUAUUAUGUAAUAGCCGUAAUAAUAUAAUUCGUGAUAAUAAGAAAUCUAUUAUAAAUUUUAAAUGUAAUAUAAAUAAAAAGAACAAUAAUGAUGAUACAGAUAAUAUUCAUAAUAAUAAUAAUAAUAAUAAUAAUAAUAAUAAUGUGAACAGUAUGAUAAAUGUCAACACUAAUGAACACAUGAAAGAUAUCAACUAUAAGAAAAAAUUUAUAGAGGAUGCUAUAUCUGCUUAUGAUGAUAAUAUAAUAGAUGAAGGAAAAAUAAAAAAUAAAAUACAUGACCAUAGUCUAAUAUCACCAACAAAUAAUAAUAGUACGAAGCAAUUAUCUGCAAAUACUAAACUAAUAAGUAAAAUAAAUAUACAACCAUUUGACAAAUCAAAUUGUAAAAAAGGUUGGAAUGUAAUAAAGGAAAGUAUAGAUAGUAAUGAUCAAAAAAUAAAUAAAUCAAAACUUGAAAUAAAUAUUACAGAUAAUAAAAAAAAUGCCCUUCUUAAAAAAAUCAAAAGAAGAAAUAAUAUGAAUUCAAAUACGUGUGGAAAAAAUAAAGAUGAUAAUAACAUUAAAAAUUAUAAUAUACAUAAACAUAACAAUGAAAAAGGUAUUGUCAAAGAAAUUGAACAUAUAUCAACAAAUCGAAAUUCAAAAGAUUCAUAUAUAUUACAUAUUAUAAAUAAAAAUUUAAAUAGGUCUUUUAGUCAACUCGAUAAGAUAAAAAAAAAAAUGGAUGAGCAUCUACUCAUCUAG